CAUUACGUUCCUUCUACCGGCAUUGGAGACUUCGGCUGUCACUCCCUUGCUUCGACAGCCUAUCGGCCAUUCUUUUCCCGGAAGCUUCGCUCUUUUCUUCAGCGCCAGCCUGUCCUUCAUUCACGACACCUUGCCACUCUUCAACUGUUACCGCCUAUAUUCCAGCCGCUAUCGCGUCGUACGCGACGCUCAAUCGUUCAGAGCUUUAGUCGACAGUACCUGAUCUGGUGCACGAGUCCCAGCCUCUGCGUGUCUUAUAGCGACCCAGCCACAUCAGCUCAGCAUUCGAUCAGUAGAUGUACCAGCACACUCCUUCUGCCCCAUAUCCCAUGGUCAUGGAUUCAAACCAAGGCCAGCUGCGGCACGAAAUACAUAUCCCUUCAUUCACCCUCAGCGAGCCCGGCAACAAGUUUGGCGGAGACAUCCCGCCGCCUCAGUCAGGCCCAGUCCUUGAGAUGGACAGUAACACCACAUUGCCGCCCAGGACGGAUUCGCUGCUAGCGUCGCAUGCAGUAUGGACGACGCCGACUUCUCAUGGCACGAGACCGCGACCCGCCACCAUCCACGAGGGAUUCUCAUUCUGCGUUGGCGAGGGAUUCGGAGGCGUGCCGGCGUGGGACUCUUCAGCAUUGCAGAUAGCCCAUUACACAAGCAGCGCGAUGUCAUCGAGGCCGAUCUCAGUUCAUCAAGACUUCUACGCCGCCGCCACCAUGGAGAGCAAUACCUGGGCCCGAAAACCAUGCGACGGCAACUUCGAGAUGCCAGGGUUCGACUCAGAUAUGAUAGGGCAAGCGUACACGACCGACGAGGCGGUCCCGAUCCAUGAUAUCAGGUCAUCCGGUCCUCCGAUGGACGGCGAUUCGGUUGCGUUUGAUGGAGUUAACCCGCGCAGGAUGUCGGGCUCGUCCUUCACUGUCUCCACGUCUGGCGGCUUGUCAGAGAUGACGUCCUACGAGGAUUUCUCCACGACGCUCUCGGAUGCGCCUUCACUCACUUCGGACUAUCCGCCGCCAUCCAACAGGACUUCAAUGAUAUCGACGACCCAGUUAUCGCCCGUCGCGUCGCCGAGAAUGACGCCCCAGAGUCGGUCAGACUUGGUACGGACGCAGAGCAGAGGAAGAGCCUCGCCGUCGCCGCGGCCGGGAGUGCGUGCCGUUCCAUAUUCGGUCGAGAGUGCCAGGAACAAGAGGUGGUCUACUGGAUCCUAUGGCACCGCCAACCGACGGCCGUCUCCAUUUGUCUACCACCACCCUCACGACGCCUUCAAUGUUCAUGCCCGCCUAUCGUCACACCACUCCUCGCCCACCGUCGCCCAAGGCCAGCUGCCCCUAAGCUUCGGCAAUCUCCAAGCAGCACAGCAGCAUCCGUACCUGUACAGCAACGCACCACCGUUCCAUCGCAAUAGCAUGCUGCUUCCGUCCCAGUUACCGUCGCACGCCUUCCACCAAGAAGCACACCAAUAUGAGAAUCCACCGCCGUUGCUCUCUCACGGUCUAUUCCGCAUGCUUCAGAGCAACGCCGACCCGCACUCGCUGCCCAGUCAUUACGCUGACCUCUCUGAUCCGCCCGAUCUGUAUGCCUCUCUUCAGGAAGAGCAACUGCCGCCUCCGCCAGAAGACAUGACACCAUCCGACCCCGAUCUCGUCCCACAUGAACAGGAGCUCAGGUUCGAGGGCGAUCUAUAUACGCCAAAGUGGGUGCGGGGACAUGGAAACAAGCGCGAGGGUUGGUGCGGCAUCUGCAAGCCGGGCCGGUGGCUAGUGCUCAAGAACUCGGCCUUCUGGUACGACAAGAGUUUUACCCACGGCAUCAGCGCUGCGACGGGAAGCCCAUUUCAAGAGCCCCAGGAGACCAGGCGCAUGGAUGGAAACCCGGAUGUGUGGGAGGGGCUGUGCGGGAAUUGCAACGAGUGGAUUGCGCUGGUCAGCAGCAAGAAGAAGGGGACGACUUGGUUUAGACACGCCUACAAGUGCCACACGCACCCCAAGGUCAAGGACGCGCCCAAACGGAGAAGGGAGAGCAGCAACAACCGUGCUCUAGCGGCCGCAACCAUCCCCAACAAGCCCCGGCCCGAGCCGCUUACACCACAGAUGGCGCCCGCUAUCUCGGCAGCGGGCACGCCGACUCCCGCCAAAGCCCAGGCGCAGAUUCAGAUUCCUUCACAGCCUGCUGCCCAGCAACCGCCACAGCCGCAAUCCCAGCAGUCACAGUCAACGCAAGAGCAGCAGCAACAGCAGCACUCGCAGCAACUACCGAUUCAACUCCAACCUCCGCCAAUGCCGCGCCACCAUCACCGGCCCCGCCCCCUGCCACCGCAGCUGCACACGCAAGUAGCCACGGCACCGCCGCCUAGCUCCACCCUCAUGCGCCCCGUUGGGCCGCCGUCCAUCGGUGGUGGGGACGGGUUUUCCAACAUGAUCUGAUCUACAUAUCGAACUCAAGACUGGUCUUUCAGUUCAAUUCGACUUUUGUUUUCAUGGUUGCUAUUACUACCGCUAAGGAAAAAAAAAAGCCAAAGCGCAACGACAAGAACAUCAAUGUGUUAAUGACCCCGUUAUGACCGGGUAUGGAUCCGACAGCACCACGAUUUUCAGUU